AUGCAAUUAUCAGCAGCACUUAAACAUGAACAAGAAAGAUGUAACUAUAUCACUAAACAAGUCCACGAUAUGUUGGUAUUAAGAGAGAAAUGGUUAACCGAACAGACUUUAGAAAACCUAGAAAACAAACCCAAUCAUCACAUACUCACUGAAAGAAUUGUAGAAAAGAGUAGAUUAGCAUGCGAAAUACGUGACAUUUAUCAUGGUCUAAAUGAAAAAGAAAUAGUGAAUUUAAGAAUCAAUGGUUGGAUAAAUUUACAUUUAAAUUUAAACAAUCCAGACAUCUACCCACUCUACCCAAUUCGUCCAUAUCAUGCUUUAUUGGCAUUUUCAAAUGAUGAUUCAAUUAAAUUACCAACUUACGAUACAACACCUUCACUACAAAAACUUUUAGAGGUAGCCAAACCAACCAAAAACUUUAGAGACCUUCAAUUGGAAACCGAUAUACCCCUAACUCAAAUCUAUAGAUUAGCCUCCCAUCUUGUCCACUGGAGAAAAGCCAAAAUCAUAAACAUGAUGACAAGAAAUAAUAAUUAUAUCCUUAGACCUGACUCUAAUCAAGACUAUAGAGAGUUGGAUAAAAAGUUCUCUUUACUCUUCCCCGACUUUAGACUGUAUGAUAUUCUAAACCGUUUUUCUGUAGCAAGACCACUUCACACCCAUAUUUCCAAAAUACUGCCACAAUACCACACCCAAUUUUUAUCCAUUAUUGGCUGGCUGCUUCAACAUGAUCUUAUUGUACAACUAUUCACAUAUGUUCAUUUAAUGGUACAUACUAUUGGUAUUAAUAACUCUAACAACAACAAUGGUGGAAGUAGCGGCAACAACAAUAGUAGUAACAAUAAUAAUGGUUCAAAUACAAGUAAUGCAACAUCAAAUUCAUCAUCAUCAUUAAUUUAUCAACCAACAACAUUUCCUCUUAUGCCCUCGUAUCUUUCAUUAAAAGAACAAGCAUUCUUUGACAACAUCGAUGAUGGCUCAAGUUUAUAUCAAUUAUUUAAACGUCUUUGUGUUUAUUUUAGGGGCCUACAUCACUUGGAAGAAAUUAUGUGGAGAGAAAAUAUCAACAGAGAUCAAUUAACAAAAGUUUUAAAAAAAUAUAAAAAUGUUUUAAUCCAAGUUGUACACGAAGAAGAUGAUAUAACCAAUAGUUGUAAUUUAAUAGGUAAAAAAUAA